AUGGGCGGCCCCGUCACCACCCUUCGCGGCCCCGUCGCCGCCCCUAUCGGCCCCGUCGCCGCUCUUCGCGGCCCCGCCACCGCCUCUAGCGGCCCCGUCACCGCCCUUCCCGGCCCCUUCGCCGCCCCUAGCGGCCCUGUCGCCGCCCUUCGCGGCCCCGUCACCGCCCCUAUUGGCCCCGUCGCCGCCCUUCGCAGCCCAGUCGCCGCCCCUAGCGGCCCCGUCGCCGCCCUUCACGGCCCCUCGCAGCCUCUUCUCGGCCCCGUCGCCGCCCUUCAUGGCCCCAUCGCCACCCUUCCCGGCCCCUCCUCAGCUCUUCCGCCGCCAGCAGCAGCCGCCGCCGCCGCCAGCAGCAGCCGACCACAGCGGCGGCCACCACCAGCAGCAACCUUCGCCGCCGACAUCAGCGACUGCCGCCGCCACUGA